AGAAUCUCAUCCAAAAUUAUUUCCUAGUGGGAUUGUUUCGUUUCGCAGAUAUUUUAGUAGCAGCACAUAUUAAUUAAGAAAAUUUAGUAUAAGUACCAAAAGUGUGUAGCCUUUGGGCUCCCAAGUGAACAAUCGGGCAUGUGAUGAAUGAAAUUAAUCAAGUAAAUUGUGGAAAAUUGGAAAAUUGCUUGUGAAAAAUUUUGAAGAAAAAAAAAGUUUUUUUUAUUGAAGAAGGAAAAAAAAUUUUCUCAAUGAAAAAAGUUAAAUAAAGGAAGAGAAAAAUUCAUUGGAUUGACAUAACAUUCAAUAGUUGAAGGAAUUAGGAUAAAGUACAAUUUAAAAGGACUGUUACACAUCUAUUGCAGCUAGUAGUGAAGCACUGAAAGUGUAUUAUUAUAAUUAUUUAAGCAAAAAAUAUUAAAAAAGUGCUCGAAAUUGCAAAACAAGAAAUUAAAAAAAUAAAAAUUCUUGCCAAUCGAUUUUUUUAAAAACCAAAAAAAAAUUUCGUCGAAUGUGAAACAAACAAAAAUUUAAGGCCAAAUACUUAAUAUAAUAAUCAUAAGGAUAAGGAGCACUAUCGACGAUAUUCGUACACACACAUAAAUAAAGUGGAGGAAGUAAUCAGAAGAAUAAGAGAGAUACAAGGAGUACCAUUGAUGUCAGCCUGGAUGUCUUUAACCCAUUUGUAUAAAAAUGGUGAAUUUUGUGUCAUCAAAGCAUCACAUUAAGCUUAGAUACGUUCCAAAAAAAUCAUGUCCGAACUAUACGAAGAUGAUUCAUUAGUAAAAGUUCGUGCACAGGUGAUGACUCGUGACGAAAGUACGGAGGGCUGGUUACCGUUACAAGGCGGUGGCCUAGCAAAUGUAUCCAUACGAAAACGCGCUCGCAUGCCGGAUGUUGGAGGACAUGAGUAUAUCAUUUAUGGUCAACGGAUAUCCGAUCAAACAGUCAUACUCAGUUGCGUCAUAAAUCGCGAUCUCCAAUAUUAUAAAGUAAUGCCAACAUUUCAUCAUUGGCGUGCGGGAAAGCAACGGAACGGUCUCACAUUUCAAACAGCAGCUGAUGCACGGGCUUUCGAUAAAGGAAUCAUCAAAGCAUACGACGAUCUUAUAGACGGAAUGUCACUCAACUCUAAUUGGCACAAACAAUCACACAAUUCAACAAAUGAAUCGUACAAUUAUGAUGACAAUCAAGUGGGCGAGGAUGAUGUUUUUAUGACAUUGGACUUACCACUUGAGACAUCGGAAUCAAAGUCGAAUUCUGAGGGCACUGGCAGUAAUCAAAGCGUAGAAAAAUCUCUCCAACAAUCAUCGACGGGAAAAAAAACAAACAUUCAGUACAUAUCGUGUGAGCUCACAUCAAAUAAUUCAAAUAAUACCGAUAUAAAUAAUGGUAGUCAGCACCUGCCUCCGCCAGUAACGCAACCAUCGUCGAUAAUUCCAGCUGAUAAUUACUCAUAUGUUCAAUUGACUGCUGUACAUGACUAUAAUUAUCCAGUUGUUGAUGAUCCAAUCUCAUCUGUGUUAAGGCGAAGUGAUUCGACGUGUAGCUUGAAGAAAAGGCCAGCACUUGAUUUGCCUCCAUUGAAGGAUAGUGGAAAUAUAAAGACUAGGAUGAGGUGUCGAUAUUGUCAGGAAUUUUAUCAGGAAGAAUGGAAUCGAAAAGGAUCAUGUGCAUUCGCACCAGAUUGUAUAAAGAGCGGUAUCGACACAAUAUCGGGUAUGAUGUGCGCUCGAUGCAUGAUUUAUCAUUGUAUGAGUGAUUCAGAAAGUGAUCUCGUAAAUCAUCCGUGUUCGUGUAAUGGCAAUCCAUCGGAUGAAGUAAGUUGCACAAAGCGUUGGAUUGGAUUAGCAUUACUAUCAUUAUUAGUGCCAUGUCUAUGGUGCUAUCCGCCACUAAAGGCUUGCCACUUAAUUGGUAUUCAAUGCGGUAUAUGUGGUGGGAAACAUAAGCCACAGAUAUGACAACCAAUAAAAAUCUAUCAACAUCAUCAACCACUCGGAAUGGACAAUGAGCCGCAAAGAAAACAUCAAAAAUCAAAACAGCAGGCUCGUGUCCAUUUCCAGCAACCAAUAGAACAUUCAAAUCAUCACUUAUACUCAACAUCCAUCGAUGAUUAUCAUCGCAGCUCAUUUCUCAAUAGCAAUUACAAUUAUCAGCACUUACAACAGCCAAUAACAUCACAACCGGGAUAUAAUAAUUGUAACUUUUUCUAAACAAUGAUGAUGUUGAUAAUGAGAACUGAUAACAUGCGAUAGAAGUACACAAAACACAAGAAAGAAUUCUCAAAUAAAAUGUGAUUGACAUUUAUCACGAAAAAAAUUUUAAUGGAGAUGAAAAAAAAAACAUAUUUACACAAAUACAUUUACAUGGAAUUACAAGGAAGACGUAAAACCAAGAGAAAAACCAGAAAUAUUCACAGAUGUAACAAAAAAAAUGAAUAAGCAUUUAUAUAAUGACAGUAAUAAGACACAAAAAAAUAAUCUUUGCUAAAAACAAAACAAAAAAUCUAAAAAGUAAGAAAAAAAAAUAGUUGAAUCUAAAGUUUAAGAGAUCGUGGAUGACUUACAGCAUGUCCCGGUCGCAAACAAAAAAAAUGAUAUUUUCAAAAACAAAUAUACAUAAACAUUGAGAAUUGACGAUAAAAACUGAUCAGUUGAGUUAUAAAUAAUUUUAUUUAUGAGAAUUUAAAGUAAUCCUAUGUUAGGCUUAUGGUUGGUUGAAGCUUUAACUUAUUUUUUUGUCCUUUAAUGAUUGAUAUGUAUGGGGUUAUCUGGAGGUGGUCUUGGAAUAUUUAGAAAUAAUUUAAGUGAAUUAAACUUCAUUUUUAAGGAGAAUUCUCUCAAAAUUUUGAGGGUUUUCUUCAAAAAUCUGUAAAAUUUCUGACAAUAUUCAUUCAAAUUCCAAGAACACCAACAGACCGCAUGCGUGUUGUUGCCAAUCCAACAAUCAAAAAAUAGUUUAAGUCACAAAUUUAUAGCUUUUUAAGUUAAUCUAAUUCAUAGUUGCAUCUCUCAUCUAUUUUAAUUAAUUUGACAAGGCAAUGGAUUUUAAUUGGAGUUGAGUGUUUGAGAGUCUUGAAGUUUAGGGCUGCAAAUAAAUUUUAGAUCCUUCUUUCUAGAGGAAGAAGCUUGCUUUUAGGUUUUAAAUCAGCACUCUCUGUUAAAAGUACAAAAUUAAUUAUUUUAAAUGAACGAUUUCAUGUUUAAGGAUUUUACAGUUUGAGUAGAUUUUAAUCUAGUU